GGGGAGAAACAGAUAUAGUGAAUGCAGGAUAUAGUGAAUGCGGGGUCCGGGGGGGAGCGGAUAUAGUGAAUGCAGGGUCCGCGGAGACCGGAUAUAGUGAAUGCGGGGUCCGGGGGGACCGGAUAUAGUGAAUGCGGGGUCCAGGGAGAACAGAUAUAGUGAAUGCAGGGUCCGAGGAGAGCGGAUAUAGUGAAUGCGGGUCCGGGGAGAGCGGAUAUAGUGAAUGCGGGGUCCGGGGAGACCGGAUAUAGUGAAUGCGGGGUCCGGGGAGAGCGGAUAAUAGUGAAUGCAGGGUCCGGGGAGAAUGGAUAUAGUGAAUGCAGGAUCCGGGAGACCAGAUAUAGGAAUUCAGGGUCCAGAAAAAGGAUAUAAUGAAUGCGGGGUCCAG